AAACCAAAACAUAAACAUUCAAGUCUUAAACAACAACAAGUGGGACGGUCAGCCUCAGAUGAGCUGAGCCACAAAUCACACGCACACACCAACUGACCACCUUCCAAAACAGCCACCACCACCAUUGUGACUCUAUGCAUUAUUCAGAAGAACCACCAUGAACAAUAAUAACAAAAGUUCUGCUGCACAUUCAUCAAUGGCGGCGAAUAAUUCGACGGCUGGGGAUAGUUCUGGAAAGAAGGUACGGAAGCCAUAUACUAUUACCAAGUCCAGAGAAAGCUGGACUGAGGAAGAACACGAUAAGUUCCUUGAAGCUCUUCAAUUGUUUGAUCGCGACUGGAAAAAAAUUGAAGACUUUGUUGGUUCCAAGACAGUAAUUCAGAUACGAAGUCAUGCGCAGAAGUACUUCCUAAAGGUCCAAAAGAACGGGUCAAUAGCACACGUCCCACCACCUCGUCCUAAACGCAAGGCCACACACCCUUAUCCACAAAAAGCGCCCAAAAAUGUUUUAUUGCCACUUCAAGCAUCCAUGUGUUAUCCUUCCUCGAUGUGUGCCCUUGCACCUGGAUAUGUUCCAUCUGAUGACACUUCUCUGCUUAUAAGUCCAUCUGGUGGAAGUAUGCCUUCACAAGAUGAAUUUGAUCUCCAUGGAAUUGAAGCUGAUACUGGAUCAAAGGGGGUGAUAAACAUUACUAACAUGAGUAAUAGCGGCAUUGGGAUGUCAAGUAGAGAAAUGCCAACUUCGGACCUAACAAAACAAGGGGAACAAGGUCCUGUCGUUCAUGGCAUCCCAGAUUUCUCUGAAGUUUAUAGCUUCAUUGGAAGUGUUUUCGAUCCACAUACAAAAGGACAUGUGCAGAAGCUAAAGGAGAUGGAUCCUAUAAACUUUGAGACCGUGUUAUUGUUAAUGAGAAAUCUCACAGUCAACUUGUCAAGUCCAGACUUUGAGCCAAUGAGAAAGGUCCUGUCAUCAUAUGACACCAAUUCCAAAACUAUAGGAGUAUCGGCGGACAAUCCUUACGAACAGUCAGAGCAAUGAGAUUAUUGUGUCGAAUCAUAUCGUAAUUACUAUGUAAACUAUAAAUGAGAAUCGCGUGAAAGUUAAGUUCUCCUAGCAAGCUCGAUCUACGCAUACUAGGGGAAGUUGAAGCGGUGUGUGAAGAUGGUGAAAUGUUAAGAAAAAUAACCGUGUUUGAUUUUGAAGCCUAAACCGGGCUUGACUUUCUUGAAAAUAUUCUUGUUGUUAGUGUUUUUUAUGUUGAUGUUUUUUUUUUCGUUACGCGCAUUAUGUAAUGUAAGAGUGGUGUCACACACUCACACAAGUGAAAGAGGGAAAGUAAUAACACCAAUCAAUCGAAGAAAUGAUUAGGGAGCAACCCAUUUGUGUUCUAAUUUUCUUAAAUUUCAUAAACAAUUGAUGUAUUAAUGUAAUAAAACCAUCUUUUUAUGCAA